AAAUGGAAUUGGACACGGACCCUUGUGAAUACCCGCAAGACUGCUCGAUGAUUGACGUUCAGGAUUAUGGAGAUAUGGGACUCAAAAUGCUCUACAACACGAAUAGUGUGCUGCAGAAGAUUGCCAACCUGUACGCGGAACGGCUAAUGUCGGAUGUAACGCUCGUGGUGGGCGAAAACCAGUACCCAGCCCACCGGAUCAUUCUCUGUGCCAGCAGUGACGUCUUUCAGGUGAUGCUGAUGAACGCGACGUGGCGCGAAUUCGGGGACGCAGUCAUCACGCUGCAGGAGGAGGACAAAUGUCAAGACGUGUUUCCCCAGUUUCUACGCUACAUGUACAUUGGCAAAAUGACGAUCUCGGUCGAUACUGCCGUGUACAUACUGAAGCUCGCCGACAAGUACAACAUCCACGAUCUGGUCCAGAUCUGCAUCGACUACAUGAAGCGACACGUGAACAAGGCCACCGCUAAAGGACACUUCGUCGAGUGGCUGCACAAUGCGCUGCUGAUCUGUCCGGGGCGGAAGGAUUUGAUAACGCUGCUCGAGAACUAUCUCAAGUGGAACCUGGAGCGGAUAGUCGCGUCCCCGGGCUGGGAGCAGCUAAAUAUCGGCCUGAUGAACUGGUUGCUGCAGCAGAACGAUCUAGUCGUGCGCAGUGAGUUUCGGCUGUACGAGCUGGUCGAAAGCUGGUUUCGGUACCAGAAGUCACAGAUAGAUGAACGGGCCGAUAUGCGCCAGCAGGAUCGGGAAAGUGCAAUUAACAAGCUGAUCAACGGUGUCCUGGUACACAUACGGUUCGCGAUGAUGAGCCUUCCCCAGCUGGCGAACGUGCUGAUGAGCGUUGCGUCCGUGCGGAUGUUGAAAGAGUUCUACGUGGCACGGGUAGCGGACGGGAUGAACUUUCACUCCCGCAGCCUGGAGGAAGUCAGUGCCAUACGGCAAAGCGAAACGGGCGAACUGUUUUUCACACCCCGGCUCUACACGAGCGAUCUGUGGAGUUUGGAGAUUGCGAUCAGCUGCUUCCACAAGCUCGAAAAAUAUUCGAGCGUCGCAUCGUUCUUCUUUUCGCCCACCAACUUUAGUGACAUCGAUGAGGAGAGCAAUGGUUGGGAUGUGGAGUUUUUUCCGCUCGGCGUACGCUACAAACCGGCCCAACUGAUCGGUAUCUACAGUGCGGCCACCAACCGGGAAAUACCGGAAAGCAUCAUACGCACGGUACGGUUGAGGAUUACCUGCCAGACGGCAAUGCGAACGGAAAGCCGGUAUAUGAUCGGUGUCCUCAUCUGCGGUAUGAUGAAUGAGGAAGAGUACGUCCGCAACUGUCACGUCCGUAUGGCAUACUUCUCCAACGAUCAACGGGUGCUGAAUAUCGAUAACUUAAUACCGUUCGAGGAGCUGCAGAUCGGGGCGCGAAAGUUUAGCCAAUACAUGGUCGGUGAGCAGCAGAACACGAUUAAGAUUAAGGUUGUUAUCGUACCGUUGAAUCGUUUCUCCAACGUAUUUGCUCCUUUGGAGUAG